GCCCUUCUCUCUCUCCUCUCUCUCUCUUACAACUUGUAGCUUUUGCCACCUCUUCUCUUCUUUUCUUCUCCUCUCGGAGGAGAAAAGGAUUGCACAGGUAUAGAAAGAGAGCAGCAGCACCCACACUCAAUACCAUUUUCGAGUUUCAACGCCACACUAAAAAGGAAAACAAAAAAAGUGAAAUUCUCUCUUCGUCUCCAUUCUAGGGUUUUCGCUUCCGCCAUUGUCACGCACAUUCAGACAUUCUCUUCUCCUUCGUACUCCGCGAGCAUUGCUCCGAGCUCUCUGAGUUCGCACUCGUCACUGAUUCGGAAUUCUCGAUUUCGUCUCGGUUUCGGUAAUUGCGAAUUUUAUCGGUUUUGUUUGAAGGAUUUCUUGUGCACGGACUCAAGGUGAGAUAUAUACAAGUCUCAAUGGUAUGCUCACUUGGAAGUGGGAGGAUGGCAGUGAUGGCAAGGCUUCUUGCAUCGGGGAGUGUCACACAAAGCAUAGCAGAGGAAGUUGGCCAUCAGAAGUUUGAUGCUCAAAUGAUUUGCAGAGAGUUAAGUGACGCAAAUGAAGCAAAUUUGCUUGACGAAGAAGAUAUGAAUGUGUUUGGUUUGAAGCCGAUGGAUGAUCCUUUGCGUUUGGUAUGUUGCAAUGCUUGUAAAAGACCAGUCAAGGCCAGUCAAUAUGUGGCACAUGCAGAACUUUGUAGGUCAUUAAAUGCUAUGCAAGAAACUACUUUGGAGCCUGAUGGAAGUAUGGGACAAAGGAAGCCUCCAAGGAAGGAGAAGAAAAAGUUGUUAACUGCUUAUGCUAACCAGUCCACAUCAGUUGGGGAGCUAGAAAGAUCUGAGUCUGUAGAAGCAGAUGAUAUUGCUGUAUCACAACCCCAGUUGGAUGGGCAAAUCGGAAUGAAUUCUUGCUGUUUUAUGGAGACAAAAAGGAAUUCAGCUUAUGUAGAUGCGACAUAUAUGAUGGAUGGUUCAGGAGAUAGUCCUGGAAAUACCAAUGGCUCAAAAUGUGUGAUGCUUCCUCCAACAAAACGGUCUAAAAUGGUAGCAGGUGAGCAGCUGCCACUAUCAGAUGAUAUAGGAAUAGUAUCUGCUGUAUCAAAGCUUACAAGUACUCAGGACGCAUGCCCCUAUAGGGAUUCUUCAAAAGGAGUCAUUUCUGUAAGUGAAAUACCUGAUGACUCUGCCCUUAAAUAUAAGAAGUCUGGGCAAGCCCUUGAAUGCUGCAUGCCAAUUAAAGAUUGCCCUCUUCCCCUUGCUACUAAAGUAUAUUACUCUCAAAAAAGCAAUCGUCUUCGAUCAGCACUUUGCCAUCUUUACUACGAGGCAGUGGCAUCAACUAAGGGGCUGUGUAGUGACAUGAGAGACUCACAGUCUUUACCUUCCAUGAGGAAACCUGAUCAAAUUCUUGCACAAAAUUCGGAAGUUUGCUUGGGGAACUCAGUAGGUUCCCUUCCUGAUGGCGACUUCUCAAAUCAGUUUCCUGUUGAUAAUGUUCCAAGGCCUCAGGUUGCUGGUGUUGGUUUAACAAGAAGCAAAAUUCUUUCAAAACCUUAUUCUUUUGCGGGUAACUCAGGACAAUCACUGGGGACCAUGCAACAGCAAAAUGGUAGUGUUCAUGUUAUAUAGGAAUCCUGGUAGGAAUUUUUGCCUCGGUGAAGGUUUAAUUUUAACCUAAUGCUUGAGGUUAGGACUUAGGAUUCUUUUUUUGAUAUUGACUAAGCUUAUCUUUAAAUUGUUCAUUCUAGGCCUCUACAUUCUAGUCAAUGACUGACCUAUAUUUAGAUAUCAAUUGCUGUGCAUUUCAAUUUUAAGUUUCUGUCAGAAGAUAUGCUACUCUCGAAUUUGUAAAUACGACUUCUUCUAGUCUUUCAAUCGGUUUAUAUUU